AUGGCGCUGACAAUGGAAAAUGGACAGGAGGCCCCACGGGAGUGUCCCGUGUGCUUUGAAAGUGUUUCGGGAGCCGAGCGCACUUUGACCUGCAGGCAUGUCUUCUGCGAGGACUGCCUGGCUAAAAUACUGGUGGUCGCCCAGGGUCAGGGAUACAUCGUUUGUCCCCUCUGCCGUCACAUCACUGUUCUUAUUAAAGAGGAGGAAGCUCGGGAGAGCCUGGCAGCAGAUGAAGUGCACACACAGGAGGUCCCUCUUCCUCUCCCGCUGGGGCACUUUCAGAUGGCACCGAGGGCCUCCGCAGUCGGCCUGCGGCGUGGAGUUAACUGGGUGGCGCGGUGUUUCAGGGGAACUUCUCGGCAAGUCAGUCGGCAGGGAAUUACCGUCACCAACAGAAGCGGGCCUCAAAUUUUCUUCAUAAGCGACCAAGGGAGACCCACGACGGAAGGCGGUGGUGCUGUGGAUAUACCUGAGGUUGAACCCAGCGAGUGCACGGAGUGUCGGCUCACCGGGGCAGACUUUCUCUGCCUGUUAGUGGCGAUUUUGUUGUUCGCGCUGACGUGGAUUCUGGUGAGCCAGUUUUGA